AUUUUUUCUUCUCACGUUCGUUUUCCAGCCCUAUCUAUCUAUCUUCUCUUACUUCGCUUAUCAGUUCAUCCCCUUCUUUCCUUUCCCAGGCUAUAUACACCCUCUCCCCUCCUUUUCUCUCGCCGCCGGCUUGUCCUCUAUACUCAUUAAGCUUUAGCUGCUGCUGCUCCAGUUCAGCUCUUGAACUACUUUGGGUUUUAGGGAGGGUUUUGGCUAGUUCUUCUUUCAAUUCGGCGGCUGUUGGACCUGUUUGAGCCGUGUUUUGUAUCUGGAUCUGAAUCUCUUGGGAGCCAGGCUGCAAAUGGACACGAGGAAGAGAAGGCCUGACGGGGCAGCAAACAGCUUCAAUGGCGGAUUCAAGAAAUCUAGACAAGAAAUGGACUCGUUAUCAACUGGUGUAGGAAGCAAAUCGAAGCCAUGCACCAAGUUUUUCAGAGUACUGCUGGCUGUCCAUUCGGCGAGGGUUGCCACUUCCUGCACUAUGUACCGGGUGGGUACAAUGCAGUGGCCCAACACAUGAACAAAUCCAGCACACCCAUGCCAAAGAACAACAUGCCCCCACCUCAACCAGUCUCCAAUGGCUCUAAUAAUGCACCCUCAAUCAAAAACCGGAUGUGCAACAAGUACAACACCGCUGAAGGAUGUAAGUAUGGUGACAAGUGCCAUUUUGCACAUGGUGAGUGGGAGCUUGGGAGGCCAAUUGCUCCGUCUCACGAUGACCAUCACCGUAUGUCUGGCCCACCUCCUCCUGGUACCCGAAUGAUGAACCGGAUGGAGCCGCCCCCACCAGGCCCACUAGUGGGCUUUGGCGAUACAGCUACUGCAAAGAUCAGCGUCAAUGCGUCACUUGCGGGGGCCAUAAUUGGAAAAGGAGGCGUGAACUCGAAGCAGAUAAGCAGGCAGACAGGAGCCAAGCUGUCGAUCAGGGAGCAUGAGACGGAUGCUAAUCUUAGGAACAUCGAGUUGGAGGGGACGUUUGACCAGAUUGGUCAAGCCAGCGCGAUGGUGAAAGAGCUGAUUGCAAAUGUAGGUCCAGCUGGUGGCUAUGGCCAUGGCCACAGCUACAGCAAGCCAUCAGGUGGGUUCUCGGGGGAGAAGCAUCAUCCAGGAAGCAACUAUAAGACAAAGAUAUGCGACAAUUUUAACAAAGGGGCUUGUAGCUUCGGUCAGAGGUGUAAUUUUGCUCACGGGGCAGCUGAACUGCGCAAGACAGGGGUAUGAUUGUUGUGGUGUUGAGUCUUUUGCGUAGCUUGGUAGAUCGGAUGAACGGGCAGUGUGCAGUCGUUGUACUAGUGAGGGUUUGGAUUAUGUUUGUCUGUUCUGAUACCAGCAGAUUGUAGCUUCUUCGCUGUUUCAUUGGUUUGAGUUAGUCUUGUAUUUACCUAGAAGGUCCAGCUUGAUGGUCACCCAGACAUUCUGAAGCUCAACUUGGAUGGGGUGUGAAAUAUUAUGUUGGCUGCUAGCUAGAUCGAUGCUACAAGUGACGACAUGACAUGUUUCUGGAGCACUAUCUUCUAAACUUGGUGGGCUUACUCGCUUACGGACCACAUUGGCAAAAACCGAAACCAUUUCAUCAUGUGGUUGGCUACAUAUCGGACAUGCAAUUGUUGACGGAAUCUCAACUUAUUAUAGGAACAUAGCUUGCGGCCCACGGGAAAGGCUUGGAGAUUCUCGUAGCAAUAAGAGAUUCACCUUUGACGUAAAAGAAACACAAUUCAAUUUCCGUAACUUCUGUUCUAAGUUGCAU